AUGUCAUUCCCAAACUUGGACCAAAACUACAAGCAGUAUGAGGUCAAGGAAGGAAUUGUGUUCUUGAUUGAGCUAACGGACUCUCUUUUCAAGCCAUUGGCUACCCUCGAUGACCACUCCCAACUCCAAGAAAUACUAUUGUGCAUCGAUGAACUCAUGUCAGACAUGAUUGUCUCUUUCUAUAAGAACGGAGUAGGUAUUUAUUUUUACAAUUCCGAAGAGACAGGGUCAAAGUUUCCAAAGAAAUCUGGCCUCACCAAAAUCUUCUCUUUGAAUGACUUGAACAGUUCCAACAUGAAGACUUUGUCAAACAUAGUCAGAGACGAGGCUGACGGAUUUAAGCCGCUCACGAAGAGAUACAGGCCUCGCGCAGAACCCUUGGAUAAUCUUCAGACCGUUUUGAGAAUGAUUCUUCGUGAAUUUCAACAAAAGCCACAAUACAAUCGAACGAAACUCAUAUGGUUCACCAACAACGACAAACCUUAUUUGAACCCAGAAGCAAAGGAUAGUUUGCGUACCAUAAUCAGUGACUUCGAAGAUAACAACAUAUUUAUUGAGCCUAUCUUCUUAGAUUCAUAUUUGGAUGAGGCGCAGACAAAGCGCAAAGAAUUUGAAACCUCUUUGUUUGAGAAUAUCUUCUUGAACACUAACUUUCUUAACAGGGUGCUUCGAGAAACUAGACAUGCUGAGGAACAGAAUUCAGGCUCUGAUUCCUUCGACGCCAUCAACAAAAUUAAGACAUCCAUUGCUCGGUUAAAAGAAGUGCGUAGAAUUCAAAUAUCUUGCGAUCUUAUCUUAAGUGAUGGUCCGGGUAUUGGUGGUGCGCUAGGCUGUUCAAUUAAAGGGUACACAUUGUUCGACCAUGAAAAGAUAAAAGCAUCCAAAAAUGUCUACACAGAGGGCGAAGCCUUGAAAGUUGUUCAGAUAGACAGUUCUUCUAUUAGAAGCGAUACUCAAGCCGAGGUGGAGAUUGAAAGAGACAAUGACGGAAAGCAGAAGAAAAUUGAUGCCGUCAAAGGCUUGGCUCUUAAGUAUACAAACAAAGUUGAUGAAUUGAAGGAAAAUGAAUCAAAUGAGAGAGUCUUGUUGCUACCAGAAAAUGUUUUGCAAGACAUGAAAAGCUAUUCAUUCGAUCAUGUACCUCAAUUUUAUCAGAACGCCAAAGAUCUUUCCCAAUUGGAGGUCUCAUCCGAACCUGGGCAGCUUGAAGAGGUUUCGUUUUCCAAGGUUCCCUACUUGAAGCUUUUGUGCUUCAGGCAAUUAAACUCGUUUCAGCCAUUUUUCAAUUUGAAGCCUGCUUUGUUUGUCACGGCAGACCUAGAUGAUGGCCUAGGGAGUGGCAACAGAGAAGGGGGCUUUGCAAACUCAAGAACCACGUUUACCUCCCUCUACCAGAGCUGUGUAAAAUUGAAGCGGUUUGCGAUGGUGUUUGGCUGCGCAAAACUCAAUUCAACUCCUACUCUUUAUGCUUUGUAUCCAACGAACACCGACGGGUCGAAUAGCGGGAAUGCAGUGGAACUACCAGACGGGUUUCUUCUUGUAAGUCUCCCUUGGCUUGGAGAAAUCCGAAGCUUGCCUGAGUACGUGUUGACUGAGCAAAGCAAAUACUUCUUCGAGGAUCCGGCGAGGUGCGCACCCUUACAGCUCGUCGAGGCUUUCAAAAAAGUUAUAGGAUUGGUAGGUACAAGUGAGUAUAAUCCUGAGAGUCAUAGUAACCCAGUGUUGCAAUACUUUUACAAGACAAUUAAGCAAGAAGCACUCCAAAUGGAUAUUAAGGACGAGGAUCAAACAGUUGAAGGGAACGAUUGGUCAUCAAAGGAGCUUCUACAACUAAAAACAUUAUUUACAGAAGACCGAGCCUUGGGAGAGCUGGUUCUCUCCAUCAAUUCGAUGCUAGAUGCAAUUGGGGCCGCAGAGGGUUCCAAACGAGCUGCAGAGGAUUCUGAUAUCCAAAAUGGGAAAAAACAGAAGGCAAGGCCGCUCAAUGAGGCAGACGUUAUUACUUUGUGGAAGAAUGAUACAUGGGGAAAUGUUACAGUUGCUCAACUACGGGAGUUUAUCAAACGGUACGACAGUAUUAAAUCUGCCACCAAAAAGGCAGACAUGAUCGCUAACAUUUCAAACUUUUUAGAGAGUAAACAAAAGACGAAAUGA